GGUGAGUUUGUAGAACGACUGGCAGCCAAAGUGAAUUCCGUGUCGGAGGAGAAGGGAGACAUGCCCUUUGCCGAAAGAAGCUGGCGAACUUGUGUGUGGAUACUUUUUCUUCUCCUUUGGGAGGGAAACAGCACUCAGGUUCAGAGAGCAGGUUGCAAGAACGUCCACUACGACCUCAUCUUCCUCUUGGAUGCCUCCUCCAGCGUCGGCAUCGACGACUUCCAGAAAGUCCGCCAGUGGGUGGUCGACCUGGUGGACAGCUUUGAGAUCGGGCCAGACAAAACCCGGGUGGGCGUCGUCCGUUACAGCACUCAGCCGAUGACGGAGUUCGAACUCGGCACCUACGACACCGGGGAGGAAGUCAGACAAGCGGCGAGGAAGAUCCGAUACCACGGGGGCAACACGAACACGGGGGAUGCCCUGCGGUACAUCACAAGGCACAGUUUUUCUGCCGAGGCUGGCGGGAGGCCGAAUGACCCCACCAUUAAAAAAGUAGCCAUCCUUUUGACUGACGGCAGAAGCCAGGAUCAUGUCUUGGAGCCGGCCGCCGCUGCCCAUCAACUAGGCAUCAAGAUCUUUGCGGUGGGCGUCGGUGAAGCUCUUAAAGAAGAGUUGGAUGAAAUUGCGUCCGAGCCCAAGUCUGCUUACACGUUCCACGUUUCCGAUUACGAUGCCAUCGAUAAGAUACGAGAACAGCUGAGGAGACGGCUUUGUGAGAAUGUGCUGUGUCCCAGUGUCCGUGUGGAAGGAGACAGAUUCAAAGAGACCAAAGGAGAAACGAUUCCCGGGUUCGACCUGAUGGAAUCGUUCAGCGUGAGGGAGAUCUUUGGCAUGAAGGACAAUGGUAUCCAGAGCUCCUACGUUCGGCUCGGGAGUUUCCCCAUCGUGCAGCGAACAGAAGAUGUUUUCCCCCAAGGUCUUCCAGAUGAAUAUGCCUUUGUCACCACCUUCAAAUUCCGCAAGUCCUCCAGGCGAGAAGAUUGGUACAUUUGGCAAAUCAUUGACAAAUACGGCAUUCCUCAGGUCUCUAUCCGACUCGAUGGUGAGAACAAGGCCCUGGAGUACAAUGCCAUUGGUCUGACCAAGGAUGCUGUGAGAGUCGUCUUUCGAAACGGGCGUGUCAGUGACCUCUUUGACCGCAACUGGCACAAGAUUGCCCUGAGCAUUCAGUCUGACAGUGUGUCCCUCUACAUUGAUUGCAAACUGGUCCAGACGCUGCCCAUUGAAGAGAGGGAGAACAUCAACAUUCAAGGGAAGACCGUGAUUGGCAAACGCCUCUACGACAGUGUGCCAAUUGACUUCGACCUUCAGCGGAUGGUGAUUUACUGUGACUCACGACAUGCGGAGUUAGAAACCUGUUGCGACAUUCCUUCUGGACCAUGUCAAGUGACGGUCGUUACAGAUGCUCCUCCCCCUGUAAUAAUACCCACCGUUGGAGAACAAGUUGGUCACAUCAAGACGGUCAACUGCUCAUGUCCACCUGGAGAAAAAGGUGAAAGAGGCUACCCUGGGUUUGAAGGCCCGAGAGGCCAGAAGGGAUCCCUCGGUGCACCUGGCGUCCCGGGGAGAGAUGGUGCCAGAGGAGAGACGGGAGAGCCUGGACUUCCUGGAGCAGCCGGACUCCCUGGACCUUCAGGGCCAAAGGGAGCUGAUGGUCAACCCGGACCCCCAGGGCGUCAAGGUUAUGUUGGAGCACCCGGUUUGCAGGGAGAAAGAGGAGAAAAGGGACCCCGAGGGGACAAGGGAGAACCAGGACUCGAUGGUUUUCCUGGAAAGCCUGGUACAGAUGGGCUACCGGGCAUCAAAGGGAGCCCAGGACAACCUGGAACCAUGGGAACCCCAGGACAAAAGGUACAGAUUGAAGGCUUGAAAGGAGAACAGGGUCAGACUGGGCCUCCUGGAGUCGCUGGCCCCCCUGGGCCCACCGGACCACCGGGGCUGCCUGGCGAAAUGGGCAGGAAUGGCCAGCCUGGGCCACCAGGAGAAAGAGGAGAGAGGGGAGAGGACGGCUUCCCUGGAAAAAUAGGCCCCAAGGGUGAAACGGGAGAGCCUGGCCUUGCUGGUAGAGUCGGUGAGACGGGCGAAGCCGGCCUCCCAGGUCCACCUGGUUUACCAGGACUGAGAGGAGAAAAGGGAGAUCAGGGUGAAAAAGGAAGAGCCGGGCUCGUUGGCUUCAAAGGCGAAAGAGGUGAAAAGGGUGACAUUGGCCCUGCUGGUCCCCCAGGCCCACCGGGAACAACAUCCGUGUUUACACCUCAUCCUAGCGUUCCUGGAGAACAAGGACCGCAGGGUGAAAAAGGGGACCGUGGAGAAAGAGGUGAACCCGGACCACGAGGCACCCCAGGUGAACCAGGGCCGCCUGGACCGGCAGGGCAGCAGGGUAUGAAGGGACAGGACGGAGCAGUAGGAAGACCAGGAGCCCCUGGAGAGUCCGGAGCUUCUGGGCCUGCAGGUCCCCCAGGUCCGCGUGGCUUGCCCGGAAACGUGGGUAUUCCUGGAGACCCUGGCCGACCAGGAGAUAGUGGACAAAAAGGAGACAAGGGGGAUCCUGGGAAGGAUGGGAAACCAGGACUACCUGGCCGGGGAGGUGACCCAGGACCUGUUGGAGAACCGGGGUUACCUGGCAAGAUUCGAGAUGGAGAAAGAGGUGAAAGAGGACCGCCUGGUUUACCUGGACCCUCUGGACACAAAGGAGAUCGAGGUGCUCCCGGUGUUCCUGGCCAGCCAGGAGACAGAGGCGCUCCUGGAAUUGGACUUGUUGGACCACCUGGCCCUGUGGGACCAUCUGGAGAGAAAGGGCCAUUGGGUCCCCGAGGCUCGCCAGGCAUGCAAGGUCCCCCUGGACAAUCCGGUCAGGAUGGUUUGCCAGGCAAUCCAGAAAGGGGGCCUCCAGGAAAACCGGGCGCUUCCCCUCUCCUUUCUCCUGGUGAUAUCAGCCUCUUGGUUAAGGAUGUAUGCAGUGACUGCCCCCCUGGACCACCUGGACUCCCUGGAAUGCCAGGAUUCAAGGGUGAUAAAGGCACCCAAGGCUUGCCUGGCACAGAAGGACCAGUUGGAAAGAUGGGAGAGCCUGGACCGAGAGGUCAUCCCGGACCACCUGGUGUCGAAGGUCCCAAGGGUCCUAAGGGAGACCGUGGAACAAUGGGAGAGGCUGGUCUGAAGGGUGAGCAGGGCCAUCCUGGUAUACCUGGCUUCUUGGGCUCACCUGGAAACCCAGGCCCACCUGGCUCCGAAGGCCCCCCUGGACCUGUGGGACCUCCAGGGAACCCUGGAGAUAUAGGCAAAGAAGGCCCAUCCGGACCCCAGGGACCCCCGGGAUUACCUGGACUCCUGGGCAUUCCUGGAAAGGAUGGCAAAGAAGGCAAGCCAGGACCUCCUGGGGACCUCGGCAAACCAGGAGAACCUGGGCUUCCGGGACAGGAGGGUGCUCGAGGGUUGCCGGGUUUUAAAGGACCCAGAGGAGAUGCAGGACCCCCUGGCUCAAGGGGAGAGACAGGCCCAGCGGGCCCACCUGGCCGUGAAGGACAACCAGGAAAAGAUGGUGAUCCUGGCCCAGUCGGGCCUCUUGGACCACGAGGGCUCAGAGGGGUGGCGGGCAAGAACGGAUCACCAGGUCCUCAAGGAGAGACUGGCCCUCCAGGUAGCCCAGGUCCAAAAGGAAGCAAAGGUGAAACGGGCAGCCCAGGACUUCCUGGAUUUAUGGGCCCACGGGGACCCCCUGGAGAACCUGGUGAAAAGGGGACUCCUGGGAAAGAAGGCACUCCAGGCAAACCAGGGGAGAUUGGAGGCAAAGGUGACCGGGGGGAUCCUGGCAACAAAGGUGAAAAAGGUCCACCAGGAGAAAAGGGCUCAGCUGGGGAUCCUGGAGUUCCUGGUCGUAAAGGACACACAGGGUUAAUGGGUCCUCCAGGACCAUCAGGGGAUUCUGGACAGUCUGGGCCCCCAGGCCCUCCAGGACAACCAGGGUAUCCUGGACCUAGGGGGGAGCCUCCUUCACUUGAAACUCUGCGAAGACUCAUUCAAGAAGAGUUAGGAAAGCAACUAGAUGCAAGACUGCCCUACCUCAUAAGUCAGAUGCAGCCAGCCAACAUCAAAGCACCUCAAGGUAGACCAGGACCUCCAGGGUCACCCGGUAAAGAAGGUCCCCCAGGUCGGGUGGGUCUUCCAGGAGAACCUGGCAGGCCAGGACAGCCCGGUAUGGAAGGGCCAUCAGGACCACCAGGCCAGAAAGGUGAAAGAGGAGAUAAAGGAGAAAAAGGAGAAACUGGCAUUGGUCAGCGAGGUGAAAUAGGUCCCCCAGGAAUUCCAGGUGUCCCAGGUGAACCAGGAUAUGCCAAAGAUGGACUCCCAGGAGCACCAGGACCACAAGGUGAAGCAGGUCUUCCUGGCCAGAUGGGACCCGCCGGGCCUCCUGGAUCCAAUGGACAAUGCGACCCAUCUCAGUGUGCUUACUAUGCAAGUCUCUCCAGCAGGCCCAGCAACGUCAAAGGGCCCUAAAAGGCCAAAGCCCCUUCCUGGGACUUCUGAUGGACCUAAUUGCAAAACUUGAAUCCGACAAGGGAGUCAGGAGUCUGUCCCCGUUUCGUUCCUGUUUCUUUGCAAAGAGGCCUUUGGGAUUCUCCUAACCACCCCGUGCUGCCGGUCGGUCAGGUU